AAACCCCGAUUCCUAUUAUACAAUCGUUUCUGAAAUUCCUUUUUCUUUGAUCGACAAAAAUGGAAAAUCCCACUCUCACCGGUCUGUUGAAGAAUGUCGCUUUUCAAUUCCCCAACCGCCGCGCUAUUUCCGUUCCCGGCAAAUUCGACCUGACUCAUGCCCGGUUACACGACCUCGUCGAGCACGCCGCCACUCAAUUACUCGCCGCCGGCGUCUCCCCUCACCACACCGUCGCUCUCACCUUCCCCAACUCCAUUGAGUACGUGGUGAUGUUCUUGGCGGUGAUACGAUGCCGAGCCACCGCGGCGCCGCUAAACGCGGCGUACACGGUGGAGGAGUUCGAGUUCUACCUCUCCGACUCCGAGUCGAAGCUUCUGAUCACGGCGGAGCAGCCAAUCCAAUCCGCUGUGGCAGCGGCUAGCAAGCUAAGCAUCCCUUACGUGACGGCGGCGCUGGCCGACUCCGCCGGCCAUGUAUCUCUCUCUUCCGCCAAAGUCGGCGAGCCGAGUUGCGGCUCGGUUUCGGAAGUCGUGAACGACCCGUCCGACGUGGCGCUCUUCCUCCACACGUCGGGGACCACCAGCCGGCCCAAGGGGGUUCCUCUGACGCAGCUCAAUUUGGCCUCGUCGGUACAGAACAUCCGGUCGGUUUAUAAACUCACGGAGUCGGACUCGACGGUGAUCGUUCUGCCUUUAUUUCACGUGCACGGCUUAAUUGCCGGGCUACUGAGCUCGCUCACCGCCGGAGCCGCCGUGACGCUGCCGGCUGCGGGAAGAUUCUCCGCUUCAAGUUUCUGGUCCGAUAUGCUCGCGUACAACGCCACGUGGUACACAGCUGUCCCCACCAUCCACCAAAUCAUCCUCGACCGUCACGCCAAAAAACCCGAACCGGCCUACCCGAAGCUCCGGUUUAUCCGGAGCUGCAGCGCGUCGCUGGCGCCGUCUAUUCUGGCGCGUUUGGAGGAGUCGUUCGGCGCGCCGGUGCUGGAGGCUUACGCGAUGACGGAGGCGUCGCACUUGAUGUGCUCGAACCCGUUGCCCGAAGACGGCGGGCACAAACCCGGGUCCGUCGGGAAACCCGUGGGCCAGGAACUGGCUAUUUUGAACGAGAACGGCGUCGUUCAGCCAAAUGACGUCAGCGGGGAGGUGUGCAUUAGAGGACCAAAUGUGACAAAAGGGUAUAAGAACAACCCGGAAGCAAACAAAGCUGCUUUCACAUUCGGUUGGUUCCACACCGGAGAUGUCGGGUUUUUGGACUCCGAUGGGUACUUGCAUCUUGUGGGUCGGAUCAAGGAGCUCAUUAACCGUGGAGGGGAGAAGAUAUCACCGAUUGAAGUAGACGCUGUGCUGUUGUCGCAUCCAGAAGUUGCUCAGGCGGUUUGUUUCGGGGUUCCUGAUGAUAAAUAUGGCGAAGAGAUUAACUGUGCUAUAAUCCCAAGAGAAGGGUCGAGCAUAGACGAGGAAGAAGUGCUGCGCUUCUGCAAGAAGAACCUUGCAGCUUUCAAGGUGCCAAAGAAGGUGUUCAUCACUGACUCUGUUCCGAAAACUGCAACGGGGAAGAUCCAGCGCCGCAUUGUUGCAGAGCAUUUCCUUGCUCAAAUCUCCACUGCCAAAGUUCCAAAGUUUGGUGCUUAAUUCCUAGUCAGCAUUACAUUUAGGGGUUACUUCAUUUUUCUCAUAUAGACAUCAUCCGAUGGUUUACAUUAGGUUUUCGAAAUAUUCUUUUUUGGGUUGUAUAAAUAGUUGAUUAAAAAUUCAACAAAUGGACUGUUGCUGAAAAUUGUUGCAUAAAGCCAUAAUCCGAGGGGAUCUAUGUGACCUCACUGGUUGCGUAUUCAUGUCUAUUUUUUCUUGAUGGACCAAAAUGUUGAGGUGACGAGGAACAUUGACAGAAGUUUCUUGCUCGAGUUGUCUUUGA